AAGUGAUGAUCAGUUUGUUUUGAGCGCUCGAUACGUAAAGGGGUGCUGCGAACCAUUUAGCAGAGUGUGUUUUAUAAAUAUAAUUAAUAAGAAAUUAAAGUGGCUAAAUAAUAAAUAAAAUUGUAAGGAUUAAAAAGGCCUGCUCUGCCACCUAACCACCUGAUAUAAAUAAAUAAAAUAAAAUUCCGAAAGCUCGUAGCGCACGAAUUAUGUCACGCUACGCAAAUAAGUUCAUCGUAUCGAUCUUCUUGUUGAUCCAACUGACGACGUUGUGUUUAAGUAGUGAAUCCGGUGCCAAUGAGGAGGCCAACAGCGGAUCGGUGGACGAAAGUUCACUUGCGCUAGAAAAUAAGGAUUACUAUUGUCUGCGGAAUGUCACCUACUAUGAGGAGAAAGCAGUAGACAAGACGCGUGAAGUGGAGGUGAAGCCGAGCGGUGCAUUUAAAUGGUUUAAGAAGAGCAAAACACAGGUGGAGCACUACGUCGAUAUGGUGAAGGUGCCGCAUCAGCGACUAACGAACGAUUGCUGCGAAGGCUACGCGAUGGCUGCCAAUAAGACAUGUCUACCCGUUUGCGAGCCCGCUUGCCCGGCCAACGCGUUCUGUCGUGCACCCAAAAUGUGCCAGUGCCGACGGGGCUACGACGCUGUUAAGUCGGUGCUGAAUGGCACACACUACUGCGAACCGCGCUGCGCGUCCGGUUGUCCCUACGGUGGUAAGUGCAGGGCGCCAGAGGUGUGUGAGUGCGCGCCGGGCUAUCGCGCACAUGCGGGCAGCUGCAUACCGACUUGUGCUUCAGAUUGUCUGAACGGACGUUGCAUAGCGCUGAACCUGUGUAGUUGUGAUGCGGGCUACGCCAAGGAUUCGGCGACCGGUGAAUGUGUGCCAUUGGUGGAUUGUGGUGUGGUGAGUGAGUGCAUAGAAACGGCUAACAGCACUGAGCGCAGCGACAGCGGUGAGGGGACCAUAAAUAGUGUAACUGCGCUGAAUAUAAACGAGGCCGACACGACCGAAGCUGAGUUGAUGACGACUGGCGCCGACGAAAAUACCAUCACUGGUAAUCCAGCUUACAACAACACAGUUAGUGAUGGUGAUGAUGACGAUAUUGUACUCUUUCCCAGCAACGAGGAGGAGACGAAUUGUACACUUCAGCCCUGCAUCGGUGAUACUGCAUGCAAAUUGGUUGGCAGUUGCGCAUGCGCUGACGGCUUCAUACGCCACCAACCGGCACCGGUGAAUGGUGUGGAGGUGGGUCCCAUUUGUAUGGCAGCCACCGAACAAGAUGGGCUCACAAAUGCACGCGGCGCGGAUGGUGGUUGGACGGCUACAUUCUUUGUAGUUGUAGGCUUGGUCGUAAUGGUUUGCGCUUUGGUCGUGUUGUUUGUAAAGUUGUGGCGCCAUCAGCAUGGCUCUUUGAAUGUGGAAGGGAAAACCGAGCCGUGUUGUAGAUAUGAUAAGAAUAGUUCGAGCUCAGACAGCGGACAUGUGGACAUGUGCUGAGGAAUGGAUGUGUAGUCAACGCUUAUUUGUGUAUGUACGUGUGGACUGUCGCUUAAUUUCUAAGCUUAAAUUCGUAAUUUGCCAUAAUAAUAUUUAGUUGAUAUAAGAGUUCACUGUAUAUAUAAAACAUAAAAAUAAAUGGAUAAGUUUGUAUAAAAUA